AGAUGUAAAAGGAAAUAGAUAAAUGCAUAGGUUAUGAGUAGGAAACAUGCAUUAAUUAAGAAUACAAGAUACCAUAGAAUGUUCAUUUAUUUAUUAUCUAUGUUACAUCAAAUUCUAUUAUUGAAAGAUGCUCUAAAUUAAUCUUCACUAAAUUUGGAACUAAAGAGAAUAAUUUUUACGAUUAGGUUUAAAAUUUUAAUUGGUUAAAGUAAGAAAAAUCACCAAAUUUUAGCAUUGUUUGA